GCAGUGUUGAGCUGCUUGUAGCCGCGGCGGCUAACGGAGCUGCUAGCUUUACCGAGGAGCCGCCGAGCAAACAGCCGCGCGCCGAUGACCCGUGAGUACCGUGUGAUGUGAGGCGAUGCUCUCUCGGCCAUCAUGGCCAGUGUGACUCUCAGGUACUUCUGUUACGGCUGCCUCGUAACCUCGGCGACGUGGUCCGUCCUGCUCUUCCUGUACUUCUCUCUGGGGGUCGACCCGGGCCGCGGCCGGACCCCCGUACGCCAGCGCAGCCAGCCAAUCACAGGAGGCCUGGCCGACCGCAGGGCGGGGGGGCGGCGGCCUCUGCCGGCCAAUAAGGGAGCAGAGCUGUCACCGGAGAUGGGGAUGAUCUUUAACGAGGAGGACCAGGAGUUGAGGGACACCGGUUACCAUCGUCACGCCUUCAACGUGCUGAUCUCCAGCAGACUCGGACCACACCGAGAACUUCCUGAUACCAGAGACCCUCAGUGUGAUGUCAGAGCGUACCCGGCGGAUCUACCUGCGGCCAGCGUAGUGAUCUGCUUCUUUAACGAGGCGUUCUCCGCCCUGCUGCGCACCGUGCACAGCGUCCUGCGCCGCACGCCGGCCGUCCUGCUGCACGAGAUCAUCCUGGUGGACGACCACAGCGAGCUCGAGGAGCUGAAGGAGGACCUGGACCGCUGCGUGAGAGACGAGCUGCAGGGGAAAGUCAAACUGGUGAGGAACCCGAAGAGGGAAGGACUCAUCCGAGGACGCAUGAUAGGAGCCUCGCAUGCUACCGGUGAGGUCCUGGUGUUCCUGGACAGCCAUUGUGAGGUCAACCAGAUGUGGCUGCAGCCUCUGCUGGCUCCGAUCCGAUCCGACCGCCGGACCGUCGUCUGUCCCGUCAUCGACAUCAUCUCCGCCGACACGCUCGCCUACUCGCCCUCGCCCAUCGUCCGCGGCGGCUUCAACUGGGGGCUGCACUUCAAAUGGGACCCCGUCCCCCCCGCCCAGCUGCAGGGGCCCGAGGGCGCCAUCGCACCCAUCAGGUCUCCCACCAUGGCAGGCGGCCUGUUUGCUAUGAACAGGAAGUACUUUAACGAGCUCGGCCAAUACGAUGCCGGCAUGGACAUCUGGGGCGGAGAGAACCUGGAGAUCUCCUUCAGGAUCUGGAUGUGUGGAGGCCAGCUGCUCAUCAUCCCGUGCUCCAGAGUCGGUCACAUCUUCAGGAAGAGACGACCGUACGGUUCACCGGGAGGACAAGACACCAUGGCUCACAACUCCCUGAGACUGGCUCACGUCUGGAUGGACGAGUAUAAGGAGCAGUAUCUGUCUCUGCGUCCGGAGCUGCGUGACCGUGGUUACGGUGACAUCAGCGAUCGUGUUGCGUUGAGGGACCGGCUGCAGUGUCGGUCGUUCCGGUGGUACCUGGACACCAUCUACCCGGAGAUGCAGGCCGUCGCCAACGGCAACAAGCAGCAGCAGCAGAUGUUCAUCAACAAAGGCCUGAGACGCCCCAAAGUCCUGCAGAGAGGACGGCUGCGUAACCUAGCAACCGGGCGCUGCCUGGUGGCGCAGGGCCGACCCAGCCAGAAGGGCGGCGCCGUCGUGCUGAGACCAUGUGACACCCGAGACCCCGAACAGGACUGGGCCUAUGAUGAGGAGGGGCAGCUGGUCCUCGCUGGUCUCUUGUGUCUCGAUGUUUCUGAGAUCAGAACCUUCGAUCCUCCGAGACUCAUGAAGUGUCACGGCUCAGGAGGCUCACAGCAGUGGAGCCUGGGGAAGUCGAACCGGCUCUAUCAGGUUUCGGUGGGUCAGUGUCUCUCCGUCGCUCAGCCCGUCGGACCCAAAGGUUACGUUUCCAUGGCGAUAUGCGACGCCUCGCAGACUCAGCAGUGGCAGCUGGAGGCCUGAUGACAUCACGGGAUGACAUCACGCACUGAUGCAUGAUGGGACGUUUUGAUGUUUUUAGAGACGAUGAGAUUUUACUCUGAGCUGCUUUUAACUCCUGGAAUCACCUGGAGAGUCCUGGAGUCACCUGGAGAGACCUGGAGAGUCCUUGUGUGACGUAAAGACUCGUUGGCUUCAGUUUUUAUUCAUGACUGAAUUUUUCUUUUAAUAUUUAAUUAAAUUUUUUUUCUCUUGAAAUAAAAAUGAAAACUGAAACUAACGAGUGUUUCAAUCUGUGACCUUUGACCUUUGACCUCAGCGACGGUUCACAGCAGCCAGCUUUUAAUUUGUUUUUGUUGUUUCGU